AUGAAACAGUCACUCCGAAGCGACGUGAUUCAAGUAGCGAUUGAUAGGCGCGAUUUCAUCUCCCGGAAAAGAUUUCAACGAAAAGUACGAGGGACAAAUGGACACUUUGACAAUUGGACGUUGGGCAACGAGAUUAUUGAUAGCACUAUUCGGAAUGCACAGAUGCAAUUGCCGUUGCCUCAAUGGCUGAUUGAAUCGCGGACCUUGGCACGAUCUUCAACGCCGAAUGGAUUUGCGGUCGAAUAUAUAAUGAAGAAUUUAAUGAUUGGAAAUAUUGGGAGCCACCAAAUGGAAAUCGAAUUAACAACAGGGGCAAAUGUUAACUAUCGACUGCGUGAUUAUUUUACCUUCAAUGUGUGA